AAAAUAUUUACUCAGAUUUUUUAAAGUCCCAGUAUUCCGUUUGUGUUCAAUAACGAAAGCUCUGGAUACCAGGUGGGAAAGCAACACAAAUGAAAGACAACAAAAACAGCGGCGAGCAGAGGAACACAGUUUGCUAAGACUGAAAAUCGGAGACAAAUAGAUAACCAAACGGCGUUUCCAUUUGAUUAAACUGAAUAGUUCAAAAAGCUAAUAUAAUGAGUUCUACAAUAGAUCUUGAUGAUUACACGUGCGCAGACAAGGGUUUAUUUUUACCCAUCAUUAAUGAAUACACGUGGUCAUUAGGCAUUAGGAUAUUUUUGUACCUUCUUGGAAUGAUAUGGUGCUUUCUUGGAAUCGCAAUCGUGGCCGAUAUGUUCAUGUUAGGCAUAGAAAAAAUCACAAGUAAGACUAGAAUGAUAAAGAUUUCUAACCCCAAGGCAAAAAAUGGGUAUGAAGAAAUUGAAGUCAAAGUUUGGAAUGACACAGUAGCUAAUUUGAGUCUCAUGGCUUUUGGUACAAGUGCGCCGGAGAUUUUGUUAAACGUGGUUGUAGUUUGCGGAAGUGGAUUUAAACCUAGUGACCUCGGUCCGGCAACAAUCGUCGGUUCAGCAGCAUUUAAUUUAUUAGUCAUCACAGCUAUAUGCAUUUGUUCUAUUCCAAUGGGAGAAUCACGAAAACUUGCAAAUAUUCGAGUAUACUCAGUGACGACAUUCUUUAGUUUAUUUGCAUAUGUGUGGCUGAUUUUAGUGCUUCUGGUAAUAACGCCGGAUGUUGUGGAUUUAUGGGAAGCGAUAGUGACGUUUCUGCUUUUCCCAGUCCUAAUUGUGACGUCAUUUUUCACAGACAAAUUGUACUGCUGCAGAAGAAGCAAUAAAACUUCUUCAGAGGUGGAGAUAGGAAUAGAUUCAGGGACGUAUGCAAAAGCUAUUCAUGGUAGAACCGGGGAUAAUAUUAAUGCAUAUAUUCUUGAUAUAGACAACAAUGUUGGAAAGACAGGUGCUUCUAGAGACGACACAGUUGACAUCAUACAUCUCGCAAAGGAGCUUGGGAAAUACAAAAUACCGGAAGAGGAAGCUGCAAAGAUUGCAGCCAAUAAGCUGUCACAGAACAUAUCACAUAACUCGGGCUGGUACCGUAUUCAGGCCACGCGUAAAAUAACUGGUGGGCAAAGGCUGGUUCCUAAAGUCAAGAGUACAUUUAAAGAUUUAUAUCUGAAUGUUAUGACGAAACAAUCCUUUGGUUCUCCUGAAAAAGACACCACAAGUUUGUCGUGUGUUGAUCUCAGCGAAAACGGCAGAAAAGCAGUGGUAGAAUUUACAUCAGCCAGUUGUGCCGUGCUAGAGAACGAGGGUAAAGUCCGUCUUGAAAUCCGUAGAUACGGAAGACUGGACUUGCCAGUAGCGGUCAAACUGGAAACAAUCGAUGGUACAGCUGAAGCGGUAAGCGACUAUGUUCCCGUGAAAACUGUAGUAAAGUUUGACGCCAACGAAACUUCGAAAGAUAUUAAUAUCGAAAUUGUUGAUGAUGACAUUUGGGAACCAGAUGAGUUUUUCUUCGCCAAGCUUUUCAUUGACCACGAUGAUGAACGUUCGAAACACGUAGCACUUGGCAGCACUUCAAUCAACCAAAUUACUAUCAUCAACGAUGACGAACCAGGUACCUUCGAGUUUUCGAAACCAAGUUACGUGGUACGAGAAGGUAACGAAAAAGUCCAGUUAUUUGUAAAACGUAUAAACGGCGCUGACGGAUUGGUGAAAGUUAACUGGCAGACGAAAGAUAUGUCUGCAAAAUCAGGGAAAGAUUAUAUUUCCGGGGAAGGAACGCUGGAGUUUCAACAUGGCGAAACACAAAAGACCAUUGAAAUCACGAUUCUAGAUACCGACGAAGACGAACGGGACUGUAGUUAUAGUGUUGAGCUGACCACAGCAGCUUCCGGUGCAAAAAUAGGGAAAAUUGGGAAAACUAUUGUCACCAUUGUAAAUGACGAAGAAUUUCAUGAUAUUGUUACACGUAUUGCUGCACAGACAAAACAAAAUCUAGAUUCAUUGAAACUCGAGUCAUCCACGUGGAAAGAACAGUUUCAUAACGCUAUGAACGUCAAUGGUGGUGACAUCGAAAACGCAACAAAUAUGGAUUACGCCAUGCAUUUUGUCUCGUUCUUUUGGAAGGUAUUAUUCGCUUUUAUACCACCACCAAGUUAUUGUGGCGGCUGGCUCACGUUUUCACUUUCUUUAGCCAUGAUUGGCGUACUCACAACAAUUGUCGGCGACCUCGCUUCAAUUUUCGGCUGCUUAAUUGGACUUAAUGACCUUAUCACCGCCAUUACCUUUGUUGCUUUGGGAACAAGUAUGCCAGAUACAUUUGCUAGUCGUCAGGCAGCGCUGCAGGAGAAGUUUGCCGAUAGCUCAAUAGGAAACAUAAAUGGCAGUAACGCGGUGAAUGUAUUUCUUGGGUUGGGGCUACCUUGGUUAAUAGCAACUAUCUACUGGGAAGCUAAGGGAGAGGCAUUUGAGUAUCCAAGUGGCAGUUUAGCCUUCAGUGUAGUUCUUUAUUUAUCAACGGCAGUGUUUACAAUUAUACUUUUAUUAUCCCGUCGGCGGAUACAUUCUUGGUUUGGCGGUGCUGAACUUGGUGGAAAAGUGGUCGGGAAAUGGGUCUCAGCGGCGUCUCUAAUCUUACUGUGGAUAUUUUAUGUGGUCAUGUCGUCUUUAAAAUCAGUUGGGAAAAUAAACGCUAGUAUUUAGUCGUUUGCAGUUUUAAAAUCGGGAAGAAAAUGGAUGCAUGUGGCAGCCGUAACGGAUUGUGUCAGACUGGCUCUCAUGUCGAAGCAACAAUACGUAGGAAAAACUAAAGCUACCCUUAAAAGUUUUAGUUGAAAAGGUGUAGGUCACACAAAACUAGUAUUCAUUGGCGGCUUUGCUAGAUGUUGCCAAUAGUUAGCAUUGACAUGUUGCCAAUAGUUAACAUUGACAAUUUGCCAACAGGUAGCAUUGACAUGUUGCCAACAGUUAAAAUUGACAUUUUGCAAACUGCUAUAAUUGACAUGUUGCAAUCACUCUACAUUGGCGUGCUGCCGAUAAUUAACACUGGUAUGAUGCCAUUGCAGUUGAUAAAAAAUCGGACGUCUGUAUGGAUUAAAUGAUAUAGGAUAUGCAUUUGCAAACACGAUUUAAGUAAGGCCGGAAAAUAAUGGUCAAAGGCGAUAUUACUGGACAUAACUGAAUUCAACCAGCUGUUAUCAGCUGAUGUCAGAAAAUGUGCAUGGUGUUAAAUUACAGAUAAUCGUUUAGAUCUAGAAAUGUUUUUGCAGAGGGUCAAGUACGAGUUAGUUUGUAUUGUGUUAUCGAAGUAUUGAUAUAAUACAUGUUGGAAUAGUGUCAUGUAUCCAAUUUAAAAAUUCUGUGAAUGACUACUAUGAGAUAAUACUAAUUUAAAUUGGUUUUCCAUCUUGGAUGCCAACAACAAACAAGAUGGGCUUUUUUUGGUAUAUGUCAUUUUACUAGUACAAAUAAUGGUAAUGCUAUACCAUAGAUACUCUUCCAAAAACAAAAAACAAAAGAGAAUUAUGUUGCUAUAUGUUUUGCUUAAGUUCUUAUACAUGUAUCUAAAGUAUUUCUAGAUGGUCAAUUACAUUUAAU